UGAGCUCCAUGCCCACCGUCUUCCCACAGGGAAUGGUGGACACAGCGAAGAAGAACUUCGGCGGCGGGAACACGGCUUGGGAGGAAAAGACGCUGUCCAAGUAUGAAUUCAGUGAGGUCCGCCUACUGGAGAUCAUGGAGAGCCUGUGUGGGAGCAGCGACUUCGAGUGCAACAGGCUGCUGGAGGAGCAGGAGGAGCACCUGGAAGCCUGGUGGCUCCGGCUGAAGAAGGAGCAUCCGGACUUAUUUGAAUGGUUUUGUGUGAAAACACUGAAAGUUUGCUGUUAUCCGGGAACUUACGGGCCGGACUGCCUAGCGUGCCAGGGUGGGUCCGAAAGGCCCUGCAGCGGGAAUGGCCACUGCAAGGGAGAUGGCAGCCGACAAGGAGACGGGUCCUGCCAGUGCCACAUAGGGUACCAGGGAGCUCUGUGCUACGACUGCAUGGACGGUUACUUCAGCUCACUGAGGAAUGAGACGCACAGCAUCUGCACAGCCUGUGACGAGUCGUGUAAGAUGUGCACUGGCCCUACCAACAAAGACUGCAACCAGUGCGAAGUGGGCUGGGUGCGCGAGGAUGGCACCUGUGUGGAUGUGGACGAGUGUGCGGCGGAGAUGCCCCCCUGCAGCGACCAGCAGUACUGCGAGAACGUCAACGGCUCGUUCCUGUGCGAAGAAUGUGAUUCCACCUGUGUGGGCUGCACAGGGAAGGGUCCAGGACAGUGUAAAGAGUGCAUCCCUGGCUACACUAAAGAAAACGGCCAGUGUACAGAUGUAGACGAGUGCUCACUCUCAGAAAAAGCAUGUGUGAGAAAAAACGAAAACUGCUACAAUACUCCCGGGAGUUAUGUGUGCGUGUGCCCUGAAGGCUUUGAAGAAACAGAAGACGCUUGUGUGCAGACGCAGACGGCGGGGGACGAAGUCACAGAAGAAAGCCCAGCAGAGCUUCCCUCCCGAGAAGAUUUAUAACAGGCGUCCAGAGUCAGAAGCCAGACCUGCCCCUUAAGUUAUUGAGACUGAC